CAGAGUUUUACAGAGUUUUCCAGACAUCAUCCAGAUUAAUCCAGACUUGUUCAGACUGAUCCGGAUUCUGGAAAAUGAUCCCCAGGUUUUUUGGGACCUUUUUCAGAAUUUUUCCAACCCUUUCCAGAAAUUUCCAAGUCUUUUCCAGACGUUUCCAGACUUUUCCAGACUUAUCCAGACUUUCCAGAGUUUUCCAGACUUUAUCCAGAUUAAUCCAGACUUUUUCCAGACUUGUUCAGACUGAUCCGGAUUCUGGAAAAUGAUCCCCAGGUCUUUUGGGACCUUUGGCAGAAUUUUUCCGACCCUUUCCAGAAAUUUCCAGGCUCUUUCCAGACGUUUCCAGAGAUUUCCAGACUU